UUGUGUACUUUUACAUUAAGUUGUGGUGAAGUGUUUGGGUGGGUGGAGUUGUCAACUUGAACUUAAAGAAUUUAAGUUUGGUUAUAGAAUUGUAAUGAGUUUUGGAAGCAAUUGCCUGCACAGUUUCGGUUUCCUUAAAAAUCCUCAAAUUAGGCUAUAGACAUACAACUUGCCGGUCUAUUGAUUGCAAAAUGUCUGGUCUGAAUAAUAAUUGCCUCGAUUUGGUAGAAUUUAAAUGGCUAUAAGAUCUACAUAUCUCGAAGAGACCUUUGAAAUGGGCAACAGUAUCCGUCGACGUUCCCAAAACAAUGAGUAAUUAAUUGCACAUAUCCUAGAACAUGAGUUGAAGAAUCAAAUUCUGAGUUGACAACCCUACUUAAUGGGCUCACUAGAGGGUUGAAGUUGGGAGUAGAAUCAAGGCAAUGGAAGUGUUCCUCAAAAAAAUGAAGAAAGAAGGUGAAAGUUGUAAUUAGGGUCGCGUGGAUUUGUCGUUGAACUUCCAUUUCUGGCACAAAUGGAAGUCUAUUUACUUUAUUAGGCCGGGUCAUUAUUAACUGAAUAAAGUGUUCAACGAUGGAUGGAUCGCAAACUCCAUUGGACCAACGAAAAGAAAACAUCGAUGUCACUCCAGGAACGAAUGAAAAUGUGAGCACCGAUAAUACCGAUGAUAAGGAGCAAACUGUAUCUGAAGAUAGUGAAAAAGAACUCGAAAAACCGAGUUUUUCAUCAGAACCUCGUGACAAUACAUCUGCUUCAAACACUGGUGGUGAAAGCGACAUAUACGCAAAACAUGUUACGUAUAAUGAAGAGGGUGAAGCAAUUUACACAGACCCUGAAACAAAAUGUAAAUACACGUGGUCUAAUGAAAGAAAUGAAUGGGUAGCUAUGGAAUCGUCGGAAACUAAUCCUUAUGAGAACGAGCACUACCGGUGGUGUAAAGAAACGAAUCAAUGGAUUCCGAAGUUAGAAGUUAGUGCAGAAAAAUCAGCAACGGAAACAGAGUUUUACAAAUGGGAUGAAAAUAGCAAACAAUGGAUUCCUAAGACGCAAUCGGCAAAUGUAACCUAUAGUUUUGAAGAUGACGUCCAUACUUACACUGAUGCUGACGGUGUAAAAUUUUUCUGGGACACAGAGAAAAAUGCAUGGUUUCCGAAAAUUGACGAUGAUUUUAUGGCUCGCUAUCAGAUGAAUUAUGGAUUUAUAGACAACAAUUCAAAACCAACGGAAGGCUCUCAAGGCGAUGUGAUAAGUGAACGAUCGAACGCUACAACUGGUGACGAGUCAAAAGAAAAAGGACAUCCCAGCGGUGGUGCAUUGAAAAGAAAAGCGCAAGCAGAUCCGCCUAAAUGGUUUGAUAUUUCUCCGGAACAAAACACCAAAGUUUAUGUGGAUCAUUUGCCACUAGAUAUUACGGAAGAAGAAUUUGUUCAACUCAUGUCAAAGUGUGGAUUAAUUAUGCGGGAUCCAAAGACACAGAAAUAUAAAGUGAAACUGUAUGCUGAGCCUGAUGGACAACUAAAGGGCGAUGGAUUAUGCGAUUACAUUAAGGUCGAAUCCGUUGAAUUGGCACUCAAUUUGUUGGAUGGCUACGAUGUGCGCGGCCACAAGAUUUCGGUCCAGCGAGCGAAAUUCCAGAUGCGCGGCGAAUACAACCCAGCGUUGAAGCCCAAACUAAAGAAAAAGGAUAAAGAGAAGAUCCUGAAAAUGAAGGAAAGGCUUUUCGAUUGGCGACCAGAAAAAAUGAGAGGCGAACGAUCAAAACACGAACGUGUUGUUAUCAUAAAGAAUUUAUUCUCCCCUGAGCUCUUUGAUAAGGAAGUCCACCUUAUCAUUGAUUAUCAAAACGACUUACGUGAAGAAUGCGGAAAGUGCGGCACCGUCCGAAAAGUGAUCCUGUAUGAUCGUCAUCCCGAAGGUGUAGCUCAGGUAACCAUGUCAGAUCCUGAAGAAGCUGAUAGUGUGGUUCAGAUGAUGAAUGGACGUUUCUUCGGAAAACGAAAAUUAACUGCUGAAAUUUGGGAUGGAAAAACCAAAUUUAAAAUUGCUGAAACUGAUGCCGAAAUAAACCAGAGAUUGACCAACUGGGACAAGUUCCUCGAAACUGAUGAGAAGAAAGAGGAGAGUGCUUCCAGUGAGAGUAAAUCCAGCGGAGUUGAAGGCGAAACGUCGCAAGCAAAUCCAGAAUCUGCAGAUACAUCUAAUGAAAACUGAAUUUUCAUCCUCCCAUCGAACGUGGACAGCGGAAAUGUAAAGUGUAAAGUGACGAUGUUAAGUUUUUUUCUUUUUUUCCAUUUUACUCUGGUUUGCUUAUUUUGAAACAAUUGACGGUACAGCCUGGACUCGACCUUAGCUGAAAUGCAUUCCGAUUCAUCACUGAUUUUUAUUAGUUUCUACAUCCAAAAAAAUACGCAAACAGCAGCGUAAAGUGUGAAAUUUUUGUAAAGUUUUGUAAACGUAUCUUGUCCAAUAAAUGUACGAUUCCGUGGAAAGUUAA